CGGGCGGAGAGCUCCGGCCAGGAGCACCAUGGCACCCCGAGGUGGUCCCCACGCACUGCUGCUGCUGCUGCUGCUGGUCCACCGGCCCCCUGCCUUCCAUGCGGGACCCUCAGCUGCAGUCUCGUUCUUCGGGGACAGCUUCGUGGAGAUGCCGCUGGCGGACGCCUCGCGGACGGUGCGGCUGCGGCUCCAGCUGUACACCGGGCAGGGCAGCGGGCUGCUCUUCCUGGCCGCCGGGCAGCCCGACCACCUCCUGCUGCAGCUGCGAGCCGGCACCCUGCAGGCCAGGCUGCGGCUGGGCUCAGAAGAGGUGACGCUGCAGUCCCCGGCAGAGCUGCAGCUGGACAACCUGGCUCUGCAUGAUGUGGAGCUGCUGCUGGAGGAUGGCAGGAUGACACUGACCAUUGAUGGCCUCUUCAACAGCUCCGUGGACAUCGCGGGGCCCAUGCGGGAGCUGGACAUCCAGCACGGCCUCUAUGCAGGCGGGACAGGCAGCCUCAACCUGCCAUACCUCGCUGGGGUCAGCCUGCCCUUCAGGGGCUGCCUCCACACUGUGACAUUCAAUGGUCUGGAUGUCCUCUCCCCGCUGUCCUCUGACAGCAGCUCCAAGGUCUUCCACCAGGUGCAGGAAGGCUGCAGCGCGCAGUUCUCUGCAGAGCCCGAGGAGCCCAUUGGAUUCCUGGGGCCGCAGUCCUACAUUGCCUUCCCCACAUGGGAGGCGAGAGAGGAGGGGACCAUCGAGUUUGUGAUCACGACGAGCAUCACCCAGGCACCCCUCAUCUACCACGCAGGGCUGGAGAACGACUUCUUCUACCUGGAGAUCUCCAACGGGCGCCUGAGAGGGUUUGUUGAGAAGGGCAAUGGUGUCAUUGUCCUGCACAACAACAUCUUCAUCAGCGACGAGCAGCAGCAUUACGUCAAGGUCUACACCGACACCCACAAGCUGGAGAUCCUGAUUGACUACUAUGCCUCAUCCACAUCCAACCGGGGCAUCAACAGCCGCCUGGACCUCCAGGGAAACCUCUUCAUUGGAGGCUUGAAUGACAAAGCCUUGCAAAGGCUUAGGGCGCACCACCUUGCUUUCACAUCAGUGUGGACCUCAACCAACACCUCAUUUGUUGGCUGCAUGGAGGACCUGCGCAUAAACCAGCAGCGGAGGAGCCUGCAGGACGCCGUAGUGACAAGGGAUGUCACAGUUGGCUGUGGAAGGCAGGAGCACUACUGGGACUACGAGGAGGCUUAUGAGCAGGAUGAGGCACCCACUUCACCCCCGCCUGAUGCCUGGCACGGAACUCUGGGCCUGGCAGAACCGUGCCAGCCAGAUGGCAGCUUCCCACCUGCCUUCGCCAAUGUCAGCCGGCUGCUGCACGUCAGCCCCCUCAUUGUCUCCGAAGGGGGCAUGGCCUUUGUGGAAUGGAAACACGCACAGCCCACGGUGGACUUGGGCCUUGCAGGCAUCCGGCAGUCCCAAAUCCUCUUCAGCAUCACCAGUGACCCAAGGCAUGGUGAGCUGGAGCUGGACAUCCCCGGCUCCCGGAGCAGAAAGAAGUUCACCUUGUUGGAUAUCGUGAACCGCAAAGUCAGGUACAUCCAUGAUGGCUCUGAGGGCCCCAUGGACCAGCUGAUGCUGGAGGUGACAGUGACUGCCCAGCAAGGGAUCCCUGAGUGCCUGCGGCAGGGGCAGACCUACCUGCUCCCCAUCAUGGUCAACCCUAUCAACGAUGCCCCGCAGGUGAUCUUUCCCCACGGGAACCACAUGACAAUCCUGAAGCACACACGGAAGCACCUGACCAUGGACAUCCUGCAGGCUCUGGAUGACGACACAUCCUGCGACGACCUUGAGUUCCAGCUGCAUGGCAGGCAGCAGGACGAGGGCUAUGUGGAAUAUGACUUCCACCCUGGGGUGCCCAUCGAGGAGUUCUCCUGCAGGGACCUGGAAGCAGGCAACGUGGUCUACGUGCACCAGAGCGGAACAGACUUACAGCUCACUUUCCAGGUGAAUGAUGGCACAGUGCCGAGCCCCAUCGCCACCCUGAGGAUCCUCGCAAUAGAGCCCAACAUCCGCUUGCACAACAACACCGGGCUCACCAUCUCCCAAGGAGGAGCUGCGCGCAUCACCACAGCCAACCUGUCCGUGGAGACAAAUGCUGUGAAGCAGCGAGUUGCCAUCCUGUACAGCCUCACAGAGCCCCUCAGGUACGGUGAGAUCCAGAAACAAGGGAGCAUAGGAGGGGAAUGGAAAAAAGUUGAGUCCUUCCACCAGCAAGACCUGGAGCAAGGGCGUAUCCAGUAUUUCAGCACAGAUCCAGAGCACCGGCAGGAAGAUGUCACAGAGAAGCUAAGAUUCAGUGUCCAGGUGGGACAGAAGGUCUUGCCAAACAAUACCUUUACCAUAAGUAUUAAAAGAGCCACCAUUAAGAUGAAGACCUUGGUCCCCCUCCAGAUGAAGAACAAGCGGCACAAAAACAUCACCAGUAGGGAGCUGGAGGCAAUGCUGGAAGACCUAAACUCUGCCCCCGUCCCCUUCCACUAUGAGAUCAUCCAGGCUCCCAAGAAGGGGAACCUGGAGCUCCUCGGCAACAGGCUGACUGAAGGCUUUAGGUUUACUCAGGAUGAUCUACAAAGAAAUCACUUGAGCUACAGCGCAACCAUCAGGAACGCUCAGCAGGCUGAGGACAGUUUCCAGUUCCGUGUCCAUGCCGGCGAGGAGCACUCCCCUGUGUACACCUACACCAUUGGCAUCGGUGGGGACCCCAACGCACCCGACCUGACCAAUGUCCUCCUGACCGUGCCUGAGGGCGGGCAGGCUGUCAUCUCCAAGGACCACCUCUUCGUGCAGAGCCUGAACAGCAUGGACUACAUCUACGAAGUGAUUGAGGGGCCGGCACAUGGCAGGCUGGCUUGGGCUACAUCCCUUGGCUGGCCCUCUGGCGAGGAAAUCACGGAGUUCACCAACGAUGACAUCCUCCACCGUCGGCUGCUCUACCAGCAUGAUGACUCUGAGACCCUGGAAGAUGAUAUCCCUUUUGUGGCCAUCAGGCAGGGCGAGGGCAGCUCUGAGCCUGAGGCAGAGGAGGUGAGAGGUGUUUUCAGGGUCUCGAUCCAGCCUAUCAAUGACCACACUCCUGUCCAGGUGGUGAACAAGGUCUUCAACGUGGUGCGCAAUGGGCAGCACCUGCUGACGACGGACGACAUCGCCUUCACUGACAAGGACUCUGGCUUCUCCGACACGCAGCUGGUGCUGGCAAGGAGGGACAUUUUGUUUGGCAGCAUCGUGUCCAUCGAUGACAGAAGCCACCAGCUCUACCGGUUCACCCAGGAUGACCUGAGGAAGAAAAAGAUUCUCUUUGUCCAUUCCGGAGCGGACCGGGGCUGGAUCCAGCUGCAGGUCUCCGAUGGCCUCCACCAAACCACUGCCCUCCUGGAGGUACAAGCAUCAGAGCCCUACAUCAGAGUAGUCAACAACACUGGCCUAGCCAUCCCCCAGGGGAGCCGAGGGAGCAUCGAUUCCUCUGUACUCAGCUUGGAGACCAACAUGGACAUCAGGUCAGAUGAAGAGAUACGGUUCCUGGUAACGGCCCCGCCGAGGUGGGGGACUGUGCUGCGAGGGGAGCAGCCGGUCAUGGCCUUCUCACAGAGAGACCUGCUGGCAGGAGAGAUCUCCUACCUCCACAACGGCAGCAGAAAUGCCCGGGAUGAGUUCCAGUUUACUGUAGAAGCAAACGAGGUGGCAGUAGAGGACACACUGGCCAUCACCAUCUUCUUGGACACCCACCCCAGCCCCCUGCACGUUGUCAAUAACAAGGAGAUACAUGUCUUCCAGGGAGAAGCUGCUGAGAUCAAGGAGGAGCACUUGCUGGUGACCCAUGAGGAGAUCCCACCCCAGGAUAUCGUCUACCUGGUGAGCAGCCCCCCGGUAUCUGGCUUCCUGGUGAUGGUUCAACACGGCCAGGACUCAGAUGAGCCACCCAGCCUGGACCCCAUCCAGUCCUUCACCCAGGAGGACAUCAACAGCGGCCAAGUGCUCUACCUGCACUCCAAGCCAGAGGAGGAGCAGGACCGGUUUGUCGUGGAUGUGACGGCUGGGGGAGCAGACCCACUGGUGGGGGUGGCUGUCAGCCUGGUUGUGCUCCCUGCCACCAUCCCCCUGGACAUCCACAACAUCACGGUGCCGGGAGGAAGCUCUGCCACCAUUUCCACAGCUGUCCUCAACAUCCCCAGUGCCUACUUUGCGGCCCUUGACAUGGAGUUCAGGGUGCUCCAGCCUCCCCGCUUUGGCACCAUCCUGAACAGCCAGCGGCCCCAGGAUGGGGGGUUGCACAGCUUCACCUGGAGCGAGGUGCAGAGCCAGCAGAUCCAGUACCGGCAGGACAUUCCCCAUGCCCAGGCCGACAGCUUCACGCUCGUGGCCAACGCCUCGACCUCCGAGAGGCAGAGCCAACCCGGGACCGUCUUCAUCGCCAUCCUGCCCCGCAGCACCAGGGGGCCCCGGCUGCGCACCAACGCCGGGCUCCAGCUGCGGGAAGGCACCGCUGCCACCAUCGGCCCCCAAACUCUGCGUGCUGAGGAUGAGGACAGCCCGGCGGCCGAGGUCACCUUCUCCAUCCAGCCUCCAGCCAAUGGCAAGGUGGUGCUGCGCUCUGCGCCCGAAACGGCACUGCGGAGCUUCACGCAAGCGCAGAUUGACAGCGGCGUUGUCCUCUUUGUGCACCAAGGGCCCCUGGAUGGAGGCUUCGCCUUUGACCUGUGGGAUGGUGAGAACCUGUCUCCCGGGCACUUCUUCCUCGUCAGGGCGCACAGAGAGGAGCACAUCAGCCUGGCCAAGAAGCAGAGCCUCACCCUCUGCCCAGGUGCCCUGCAGCCCAUCACCAGCGAGAACCUGCAGGCACUGAGCAGCAGCCCUGCUGGCCCUGCUGCCCUGUACUACAGCAUCGAGCAGGCACCGCGCCUGGGGCAGCUGCGCACCGCCCAUGGGGGUGAAGUCAGGAACUUCACCCAGGCCCAGGUGGAUGCAGGGAUGAUUUUCUACCAGCACGAGAUGCCACAGAAGCCUUUCUGGCUCACCCAGGAUGCCAUCCGCUUCCGUGUGGUUGCUCCCACCACCAUCUCUGACUCCUUCAUCCUGCUGGUGCUGAUAUCAUUCGAGGCGAAGUGUCCCCAACGCUCAACUAAGCUAUGGAGAAAUGCAGGUCUCCAUCUCAUAGAGGCUCAACGGGCAGAGAUUGGCACCUCGCUGCUGGAUGCAUCCAACCUCCUGAGCCAGCUCCCGGCCCGCGAGCAGGAUGCACACGAUGUCAUCUUCCUGGUGACGGAGCUGCCGGUGCACGGACAGCUCUGGGUGGCUGAUAGGCUGCUGGAGCGCUCACAGCCCUUCUUCCUGCAGUCAGACCUGGCUGCUGGACGCCUGGUGUAUGCACACCGUGAGAAUGGUGGCACCGAGGACAGAUUCCAGUUCAAGGCUUGGCUCCGGCCUCGGGCACAACGCUCCAUCCGUCCCCCCCAGGAAGGGCUGCUCAUCUCCGAAGCUUUCAACAUAACGGUGAGCAGCAGCAGCCAGAAGCCCCUGCAGGUUGUGAAGCGACAAGGAGCACUGCGGGUGCUGCCCAACUCCACCAUCACCUUGUCCAGGCAGCACCUGGAUGUGGCAGAACCGCAGGGCUCCCCAGAGAAGCUGGUGUACAGCCUGCUGCACAGCCCCCAGGCCGGAUACCUGGCCCACGUGCGCAGCCCACAAGUACCCAUCAAACGCUUCACACAGGCGGACAUCAAUGCAGGCCACGUGCUGUUGGUCACUGCAGCCCGUGGGGCUCAGGAGUCCCUGGCGCUGAGCCUGUCUGACGGCCAGCACCCACCUGCCCACGUCUCUCUGGAGGUGGUGGUGCUGCCCAUGGGCAGUGCAGAGCCGCUGGAGGUGCCGCAGGAGCUGAAUAGGGCCAUGCUGUCCCCACGGCACGUGGCACCGCAGCUCGGGGAGGGCGAUGCCCUUUACACCAUCACCGCAGAGCCGAGGUUUGGCCAAGUGCAGGUCAACAGAAAGCCAGCACUGGGCUUCUCGCAGGCGCAGCUGGAGCGUGGAGAAGUGACCUUCACCUUCACCAAGCUCACCUCGUCUGAGGACAGCUUCCAGUUCCUCACCAGGUCACAAACAAUGAACAGCACCGGGGUGGUGAAUGUCACCGUCCGUGCCUUGGUGACAGCGCGGCCGGGCAGCGUGUGGCCCAGGGGCACCACAGCCCUGCUGGAUACCAGCACGCUGGAUGCCAGUGAGCUGGCCAACCGCACCCACAGCAUCCCAGUCUUCAGGCUCCGCCAGCCACCCCGCAGCAGCCGCCUCAUCAGGAGACCCCGUGCACCAGGACAGCCCGCUGUCCCCAUUGAGUCCUUCAGCCAGAGGGAGCUGGAGCAAGGGCUGGUGGGGCUGGAGGUGCUGGACGACGAGGACACAAACCAGCAGCAUCCACAUAGUGACAGCUUCACCUUUGAACUGGUGGCUGCUGGCGUGCCACCAGCACUGGUGUCCCUGGGGUACAUCACUGAGCCCUACAAUGCCUCUAAAUCCUACGGUGUCACCCUGCUCCUGGCCCCACCAGCACCAUCAUCCCUGGUGCCACAGCUGCAGGGCACGGCACGGAGCAGCCCCAAUGCCAGCGAGCCAGGAUCUGUGCCCCCACCCACCAGCCCCAGCCCCGGAGAAGGCGGCACCUUCCUAGGCUUCAUCGAGGCUAACAUGUUCAGCAUCAUCAUCCCCAUCUGCCUCAUCAUCCUCCUGCUGGCCCUCAUCCUGCCCCUGCUCUUCUACUUGCACAAGCGCAACAAAACGGGCAAGCACCACGUGCAGGGCUCACCUGCCUCCAAGGCCAAGAACGGGGCUGUACCAGAGCAGGAGACCUUCCGCAAGACGGACCCCAACCAGGGCAUCCCUCUAACGACUGUCAAUGCCCUGGAUGGCAAAGGCACAGCUCCGCCACCGCAGGGUCCCGGUGUGCCAACUGACCCCGAGCUGCUGCAGUACUGCCGGACAUCCAACCCUGCCCUGAAAAACAACCAGUACUGGGUGUGAGGGUGCAGGGCGGGGGCACGAGUGGUGGGAGCCCCCCAGAGCGUCACCUCCUCCUUCAGGGGAGCCGGCAUCCCGCAGGCGCUGCAGGACCUGGGGGUGGGGGGCUGCCAGCACGGCCACCCAGGACCCCCCCCAUCUCCAUAGUGCUUUGGGCAGAGGGGCAAGUGGGUGGGGGGAGGGGCAAAACGCCAUCAGGGAGCGCUGCCAUCGGGUACGCACUGGGGACACCUGAGGUUGGCCAAGGUGCUGGGGGUGCAGGUGGGUGAGAGGGAUGAGGACGAGCAGCUUUGCACGACGUCAGGCUCAGGAUGGAGCUGCCCAAAUCCCCCAGGGCUAGGCGGGCUGCAGUGAUGGAGCAGAGGCUUGGAAAAACCCCGUGGCCAACGCCAAGGGGAUCCAAGGAGCCCCCGCCCACCCAGAGAAGAGAAAUGAGCAAAACACAUCGUGCUGCCUCCAAACACCCAGAGCAGCCGGGGCUGCACACCAGGCCAGGUGCCCCCAGAGGCACAAAGCUGGAGGGGGGAGCGGGCACGGCUUGGUUUCCCACUGUAUGCUCCAGUCUGGUAGGAGUGCACAGAAUAAAGUGCCUUUCCCGAGGUGCAGCCGGUUUGCCUGAGCCCUGCCAAGCCGUGAGCUGCAGCGCAGUGUUUGGAGGCGGCGUGCCGAGCCCCGGCCUCUUGCUCAAGUUUUCCCCUAAGCCCUUAAAUAGGAAUGAGCCGAGGAAAAACUGAGCGCUGCGCUCAGGAUGGGACCCAACAACAACACACCGAAUGGCUGCAGCUCCUUCCCACAGGGCUCUCCUGUUCUCUGCGUGCUGCAGCCGGGCUGAGAUGCUCCCUCAGCACUCCUCACAUCUGGGGUCAAACCCUCCCAAAACAGCACCCCGGAGCUGUGAGCUGUGCUGUUUGCAGCUUUCCUGGCUGUGUUUAUGAGCAAGUUUGCCUGCCCUGCCCCGCUGUUGGAGCAGCCCAUUGGGUGCCGGGGGGGGUCCUGCCCCCACCAAGCCCUGUGCAGGGAUGGAUGGAUAGCAGCUCAGCAGCUUGCAGGGUGGUGCUGCUCCCCAAAUCCAGGGCAGCCCUCUGUGCAGAGCGGAGGCGUGCCAGCUCUCCCUCCCUCCUGCAUGUCAUCGUGGCUCCGUGUUGUGCACGGCUGUGGAUCAGCUCUGCAACAGGAGUGGGUGCUGCAGGGCAGGCACUUGCCUCACCCCAAGGGAUUCAAUGGGAGGAACACGGCCUACAUUCAGGAGCAGGGAAAGCAAGGCGAGUUAUUUUGGAGGCUUGUGGUUGCAUCCCCUGCACAAUAUCUGCUCACCAGGGUCAGGAGAGGACAGGCAGCAAGCUGGAGGAGCUGGGUGUGCUUCUGUGAGGCCAAGUCGUGCUGGUGGAAAGUCCCGAGCAGCACUCAGGGCAUGCAGCAGGACAAGUGGAUGCGGGGAUGUGAGGGUGGGAGCCACGAGCCCCAUUCCAGGACAGGGACCUGCCCUCCUCUUGCCCCAUGUGGGAGCACCGGGAGGGUGCAGGCUCUGCUGCAGCCUGGGUGCAGGGCUGGUUUCCAGGCACUGCUGCACGCAAACAAACACGCGGGCCAGCAGGUUUCCUGCAACGCCCAGCUGGGCUCAGGUUCCUCAGAAGGCUCCAGCAGCUCUCCCCACACACGGGCACGCCGCAAGCCUCACUCCCCAGGCAGGGCUGGCUGCACAAAGCAUUCCAGCAGCUGUAUGGCACGCAGUGACAUGCAAGGCAGCUCCGGCCCCAUCCCCAGCUCACAGCCAGCAGGCAGCAAUGGGGCCUGAGCUCUGUGCAACAACACACCCAGAAACAGCCACACACCUCCACCACGUCCAGCAGGCUCAAUGCCCUGCCAUGCUCCCAAAAUAUGCGAGGCACGCAAGGAUGACGAGGUGCUGCUGAGCCCCAGCUGGCACGCUGUGCCCCACACGCAUCUGCCUGCUGCUGCUCCCUGCACAUGGGUGCUCCCGGCACCGUGUGGUGCUGCCAAACCCAUCCCUGCCAACCGGCCCGGCGGGUUCCUUGGCCCUGGCAGUGCUGCCAGUGGCACGGGGACAUCACCAUCUCACCGCCCGCACUGCCAGUGCGUCCUGCUUGGGCUUGGCAAGUGCUGCAGUGUUCUCCUCCAACAGCCUUCAGGCCAGAGAGAGACAGGAAUAGGGACCUGGAGCUGUGGGCGUUCUCUGUUGGGUUCUCCUCCCUAUUUUGAAAGCUUCUUUGGGGUCUUCCCAAGGUCAAGUUUGUGAUCUCCCAUCCACAAACCCAGUGAUGGUGAUGGCAGGGUCUGUCUCUGCACCCACCCAGCCCCACUGUGAACCCACAAAGCCCGCAACAGACUCCCCAGAAUCUGGAUCUCAAUGGGGGGAAUGGCUUGGGAUGGGGACCCCAGUGGUGAAUGGCUUGGGAUAGAGAUCCCAAAAAGAAAUGGCAUGGGAUGAGGGCAGGGGUGGGGAUGGGGUGGGGUGUAUGUGGAGUGGGAUGGAGCAAAGGUAUGGUGGGCAUGGGGUAGAAGAGGGAUAGGGUAGAUGGGACCAGGGUGGGAUGGGGAGGAGGAAGGAGGGAGUCAAGAUAGGAAGUGGAUGGGAAAGUAUAGGAACAGAGUAGGAUUGGGAUGAAUUUUGAUAGGAAUGGAAUGGGAUGAAGCCAAGAUAGGAUGGGGACAAGGUAGAAUAGGGAUGAGAUGGGACAGGAACGGAGAAGGAUGGGAUCACGCUGGGAUGUGGGCAGGGUGAGAUGGGAAUGGUGUGGGAUGGGGUUGGGGCAGGGUGGAGCCAAGGUAGGAUGGGACAGUGUGGGGAAGGACCAGGUUGGGCUGGGGACAGGGUGGGGCAGGAUGAGGACAGAGAAGGAUGCAGCCAAGGAAGGACGGGGACAGGGAAGUACGGGACCAGGGUAGGCUGUGGAUGGGGUGGGAUGAGGAUGGGGUGACAUAGGAUAGGAUGGGGAUAGGACAGCCUGGAGAUGGGGUGGGAUGAGAAUGGGAUGCAGGAGGAAGCACAUCCCUCCUUGAGGCUGUCAUGCUGUCCCUGUGGGGAGGGAUGAGGGGGUCAGGGACGGCCGAGCGCAGCGCGCUGCCUUCCCAGCACCGCGGUUAUCCCAACGCCGGCCCGCACGCUGGGGCUAAUUUUAACCCUGGAGCCUGGCCAGGCCGGCCCGACUUCCCUUGCUGUGAUUUAUCCCAACCAUUUCCCUUCACAAACACAGCCCUCGUGCCAGCCCUGCGUGCUCGCCGCCGGGGAUGCUUGGGAGGAAUGCCCAGCGCCGUGCCCCCUCCGCAGAGCCCUUCCUGGAGCAGCUCUGCUUCCCAGCAACAUCCCAGGGACAGAGCGGGGGGUGAGGGGGGAAGGUUUCUACUGACGUUUUUUAUUGAAAACGCUGUGGGCUGGCUUGUUUUUUUGUUUUUGUUUUUUAUAUCCCUUUUUCCAGUCAACAGCAGUGCUUGAGAAAAGAGAU